AUGGCAUCAACAAAUACUUAUAACUUACCUUUAAGCAUUUUUGCUAUGGUUAAUAAUAAUUUUAAAUCAAGAAUAGUUGCACAGGUUGUGUUACCUGAUGAAACAAGUGAAAGUUACAAAUGGUUAUUAGAGCAAACAAUUGAUGCUACAGGAGUCCACCCUGGUGUUUUUAUUAUCAAUGCAGACCCAGGUCUUGAGAGUAUUGUUCCAGAAAUAUAUCCAAAUACUUACCUUGUUCACUGUAUUUGGCAUAUUGGAUGUAAUAUUGAAAAACAAUUAUCUAAGGCUCUAGAAGUAAAGUUGUUUGCUGCCAUUGAUAAAAUGAUGAAUACAUUAGUUAUUAAUGAACAAUUUAUAAGAGAAAAGUCACAAGAACAUAGCAAUUCAACAUCAAACUUAUUAAACAUACCUUCAUUUUCAACUAAGCAAUUGACUAAAGAAACAUUACUUGGACUUGUGCAUAAAUGUGUAGAAUUAGUUGAUUAUGAUGAUUCCAAUGAUUUUGACAGUUUAAUGAAAAUGUUUAAGAAAUGGAUUUAUAAACAUGAAGAAAUACAAUGCAACAAAGUGAUAAAUAUGUCACCAAACACCAGACAUGAUGAAGUUUCAGAAUAUGAGCAAGUUACUGAAAAUGAUCAAAAUUUAGAACAAGAACUGGUUAUGAAAGAAGAUCAGUUUAUAGAGAGGAAUCAAAUUUUAGAAAACACUCAAGUUUAUGAAACUAUAUACCUUGAUGUUCAGAACUUGCUUCGACAUAUUAGAAAAGGAUAA